AUGUUUAAGUUUGUGGUAAUUUUAUCGCUGGUGGCCAUUGCGGUGCACGCACAGGAUGCGUCCCGGCCAAUCAUCAACACCAGCGGUGGACAGAUCCAGGGUGUCACAUCCAGCUGUGGACUGUUCUGCAGCUACUUCGCCUUCAAUGGCAUCCCAUACGCGCAGGCUCCGGUAGGUGAUCUGCGCUUCCGCAACCCCCGGCCACACGGUGGCUGGCAGGGAGUGAAGGAUGGCAGUGAGCACCGGGAUACCUGCCCGUCGGGAGGCUUGCUUGGUGGAGUGUCCGGCAGUGAGGAUUGCCUGUACCUGAACGUGUACACCCAGAACUUGAUCGGACAGCGACCGGUGAUGGUAUGGAUUCAUGGUGGAUCGUUUACCGGUGGGUCCGGUAAUUCGUGGAUCUACGGCCCAGACAAUCUGAUGCCGGAGGAUGUUGUGGUCGUCACGAUCAACUACCGUUUGGGCAUUCUUGGAUUCUUCAGCACGGACGAUGUGCAUGCGGCUGGUAACUGGGGCAUGAAGGAUUGUGUGAUGGCAUUGCAGUGGGUGCGUCAGAAUAUUGCCGCCUUCGGUGGUGACCCGAACAAUGUAACAAUCUUCGGCGAGAGUGCUGGCGGUGUUGCCGUCCACUAUCUGGUCCUGUCGAACAAGGCGAGCGGUUUGUUCCACAAAGCCAUCGCCCAGUCCGGUACGGCGCUCGUCCCUUGGGGCUUCCAGUACCGUCCGCGGGAGCUGGCCUACAAGCUGGCCGAUAAGCUCGGUUACUCCCAUGACAGUGCACAGCUGGUGCAGAGUCUACGCAGCACGCCGAUCGAGCGGCUGUUAGAUGUGCAGGGGGGUUGGCUAGAUAUUGAGAUCCCGCGCGGUUUCAAACCGUUCGAGUUUGUGCCGAACGCGGAACCGGUCAACUCGCCGGAGGAAACCUUCCUGACGCAGUUGCCGAUGGACAUCUUGAACGCCGGUACGUUCAACCACGUACCGUUCAUUGCCGGGUACAUGAGCAUGGAGAGUAUGUUCAUGGUGUACGAGCACACGAUCGACAGCACGGUGUGGGAUUCGUUCACGCGCAAUCCGGACUACUUCGUGCCGCACUUCUGGAACAUUCCGCACGGUACGGCGGCUUCGGCCGCGGUCAGCCAGGGUUUCCGUAACGCGUACUGGCAGGAUCGUCCCCUCAAUGACAACAUCAUGGUCGAGUGGAUGCAGUUCCACACCGACCAGCAGUUCAUCUACGCCAUCGACAAGACGAUUCGGGUCCAUGCUCAACGCUCCAGCGCUCCGACAUACUACUAUCAGUUUAGCUUCGACGGUGAUCUGAAUCUGGUCAAGCGCUUGCUGCUGCUCGGUAGCUGGCCCGGUGCGAUGCACGCCGACGAUAUCCCGUAUCUGUGGUCGGUUACCGAUCUUACGCUCUCGCCCAUCCUGCCGACAAACCACGCACGCACGGUGAGCAAUCGUUUCGUGCGCCUGUUUACCAACUUUGCUCGGUUCGGCAAUCCGACCCCGAAUGCGGUGGACACGCUGCUCCAGAACCGUCAGUGGCUGCCGGUAACGGCUGCGAGCGUACCGUACAUGGACAUCGGACACGAUCUGGUGACGAGCGUUAACCCGAACGGCCAGCGCACGUCUGUGUGGCGCGAUCUUGAAGAUCGCUACGCUAACGAUCCUUUCCGCUUCCCACGAAAAUAG